GCGCAGGCGCGCCAUUGGCGCUUGCGUUGUCAAAAAAAGCACCGCAUCCGCCAUUUGCAAAGAUUGCGCGUGGUUUACGUGUGUAGUGGAUAUACUUGUAUGUGCUCUGUAUUUUAUAGCUGAUAAAGACAAUUUUAUGUGAAAAUGAGUUCCGAACUGGAUCCCUCCAAACUGAAAGUGGUCGAAUUGAGGGCGGAGCUGUCCGCGCGAAAUUUGGACACCAAGGGAGUCAAAGCGGUGCUGGUUCAAAGAUUGCAGGAAGCUUUAGACGCCGAAGAAGAGGAAAAAGGAGGAGAUUCGAACGUUGAAUCGUCACCUCCAGCAGAACCGGAUUCACCGGAAGAAAAUGCGGAAAAAGAAGAAGCAACGAAAGAUGAAGCAUCCCCGGCUAAAGUACCUAUAAAAAAGGAGCCAGAAACUCCUAUGGAGACUGCACCUAUAAAAAAAGAAACAGAACCUGAACCGACAAAAUCAGAACCAGAAACUGAAACAAAAACAGAUAAUGUUGAGAGUUCUCCAGUAGAAGAAAACGGGGAUAAAACUGGAAGUGAGGUUAAAUGCGAACUCCCGUCUCCGGUCAAAGAGGUGAAGGCGGAGCGGGAAUCGUCCGAUAAGGAGGACGACGAGAAGAUGGAGGAAAAAUCCGAGGAACCGGAAAAAAGGGGCGAGAAGCGCAGGCGUUCGAGUCCUUCCCCCGAACGCCAGCACCAACGGAAGCGAAGCAAAUCCCCCAUAAAAGAGGACGAGCCGAUCCUAGACAACGACAAAGUGCAACUUAGCUGGUAUGAUUCUGACCUUCAUCUGCAACUCGAUAAAGAAUCGUUUUUAUCGGCCAAGCCCUUUAACGAAGGGGCCUUUGGAUAUGCCUGGGCUGGAGUCAGAUCCAACUUUGGCGUUUCAAAUGGAAAGGUAUGCUUCGAGGUGAAACUGACUGAAGACCUCAAGUGGGAGGACUUCUCUACGCAGCGCGACCGCCCCAAAAACCGCGACGUGUACCGAACCGACCACCGAAGAAGCGACGGCGACAAGAAGAAAUCGUCCAAGUCGUCGACGGAAGAUGCCGAGAAGAAAAACGAAGAGAAGAAGGAGGAAAAGAAGGAGGAGGAUUCGGCCGAGAACUCCACCAACGGGGAGACGGAAAACAAAGAGGAAGCAAAAGAGGAGAAGGAAGUAAAGAAGGAGAAGGCGGAAGAAGCUCCAGAACCGAUGGAGACCGACGAUAAGAAAGACGAAGAGAAAAAGGAAGGCGAAGAAGAGAAAAAGGACGGAGAAGAAGAGACAAAGGACGGCGAGGAAGAGAAAAAGGACGGCGAAGAGGUGAAAAAGGAGGAUGAUGAGGAGAAGAAGGAGGGCGAGGAGGCCAAGGAGAAAGCGGAACCGAUUCCGUCGCAUCUGAUUCGAAUCGGUUUCUCCAUCAUCGAUUCCGAGCUGUUGUUGGGCGACUACGAGCAUUCGUAUGGUUACGAAAAUUCCGGCAGGUUCGUUACCAACAAACAGUUCGAGGAUUACGGCGUCAAAUUUGCCGUCGGAGAUGUCGUCGGUGCCUAUUUGAGCAUCGAUACGAACAUGACGAUCACGUACACGGUGAACGGCGUGGCGCAGCCGCAAGCGAUUUCGGUGCCCGUAUCGGAACUGCCGGAAAACUUCGUCAUGUUCCCGCACGUCGUCACCAGAAACAUCGGUUUCGAGGCGAACCUGGGCCAGAAAGAGGAGCCCUUCUUCCCCUCGCCCGACGAUCUCGCCGACUAUCCGCUACUGGACAAGGUCGAGGAAAAAGUGGCCGGACCGCAGAGACCCGUCAACCGCAGCGACUGCGAAAUCAUUUUAAUGUGCGGCCUGCCGGCGUGCGGAAAAACCCACUGGGUGCGCGAGCACAUCAAAAACAACAAGGAAAAUCGCUACCUCGUCAUCGGAAACACGCAGCUAUUGGAGAAAAUGACGGUUUCCGGAAAGCCCUUGAAAUCGGCCUUCAAAGGCCGCUGGAGUUUGCUGAUGGACCGCCUGCAAAGAUCCAUAAAUAAAAUUCUGGAAUGGGCUUGUCAAAGAAGGAGAAACUACAUCAUAGAUCAGACAAACGUGUUCCCAUCGGCCCAACGCCGUAAAUUGCGGCCAUUUGAGGGCUUCAAGAGACAGGCAGUGGUUAUUGUAGUAUCCGACGAGGAACAAGCCAAACGUCAGUCGUUGCAAGAGGCUCAGGACGGUAAAGAUGUUCCAGAUAGCACCAUACUCGAAAUGAAAGCGAUAAUGAGCCUGCCGGAGAAGUGCGAGUGGGUGGACGAAAUCGUGUUCACCGAUUUGGACGAGGCGGCCUCGAAGGAAAUGGUCGAGAAGUACAACAAGGACGGCAAGGCGGCCGGAUACGGGACCGGGCAGAAAAGGGUGCAGCGUCGCGGAGGCGACUGGCACAAAAGAAACGACCAGAGGAACAGGAAUUACCGCGACAACAGGGGUUACCAGCCGAGAUACGACAACAGGGCUCCGCACCGACCGUGGAACAACAGAUCCGGUGGUGGGGGUAGCUGGAACAGGGACAGGAGAGAACCUGGAGGGCGUCAUUCCAUGGGCGGAGGCCGAGAUUGGAGACCUAGAGACUCGCGCCCGCACCACGACCGCCCGCGCGACAGCCGCCACUCGUCGAGCGGCGGCGGCGGCCACCGCCAGAGCAGCGGCGGCGGCGGGGGCAGCCGCCCCGCGCAGGUGUGGCAGAACUACGGGCAGGGCGGCGGCUGGAACCAGCAGGCUUUCGGUGCGAGUCAGGCGUACGGCGCCGGCGGCGGCCAGGGCGCCGCCCAGGGCUGGAACCAGUGGAAGUACGGGGGCGGCAGCGGCCAGGGGUACGGCCAGGGCGGCUACGGAGGCAACUGGAACUACUACGGCCAGUACGCCCAGAAUUGGGGACAGAAACCAGCCAAAAAAGAUUCCUGAACCAUCGCAAUCAGUACCUACUUAGAUCAUAGUAUUAAUAUAAAAAAAAAUAACGUUAAUGUAGACAAUUCUAAAACCAACUAAAUUAUUAAGAUAUUACAUAACAAUAGCUGAAAUAUUACACAAUACGAAUAACAAAACGUAGGCCUAACUAACGUGUGCACACAGGCAUUAAACUACUAGGAAAAAAUUAUUAUCGAAAAAUUGGGGAAAAACUCGAAUCAAAACAAUUUCGGGGAUUUACCGAAAUGCGUUCCGGUAAAUCACCGAAAUCUCCGUUUUUCCCCAAACUCGAUUUUUUCGGAAUUUUCAAACCCCCACGCGCUCACAUAUUGAUUCUGUUACUGUCGCAGCGAGGUUGAAAAAAAUUGACUGUUGUUUAUAAUUAGGGCCAAACUGGGACCGGCACCGCGCAGGAUUGGGCCCGGUCUGCGCAGCAGUACGCGCAGCAAAACUCUGCUCGAGGCGCCAAGAAGUAAUUUUUAUUCGACCCACUCAGGUUUUUCGCGACGCCCCCGUUUGGGGUUCGAUGAUGCCUGUAUCGCUAUUUUUUUUUAUUUUUUGACGGGAGUUUUUGCUCCUUGAUUUUUUGUAUGUUCAAGGCAGUCGGUUAAGUUGCUUCUACACUAAAUCUUGCGUAUGUUUAACUGUUUGAGAGUGCAAACAGACGUUCUCGCUAAUUUUAGAGUUGUGUGAUGUGUACCUUGGAAUUUGUAUAUAAAUACAUGAUAUGUUUAACAAUCUGAAAGAAUGUCUGGUGUAUUCAGAAAUAUACUUUUUAAUAUUUCUCUAGGUGGUGUGAAAUGUGUUUUUAUUGUUACAAACCCUAUACUUAAAGUUAGUAAUUAAUGGGUGUGUUUGUAACAAGUUUUUUGCAAGUUGUAAAAAAAUAUUAUAGUUUAUGUAUAUAAUUUAAUAAUAAUAAUAAUAAUAAAAAGUACAAUUACUUUUGUAGCAAUUCUCCAAAGUAUUAAGACGAUUUUAUUUUAUUUUCAAACCUUCUGUCAGUAUAUUGUAAAACUGUAAUAUACCAAUUACUACUCUGGAGUAUUUCAUUAUAAUUUUAAAUAAAUAUAUGGUUUUAUAA